AUGGACUCUAGCAAGGAACACUUUGGCAUCAAAACUCUUCUUGCAUGUGACUAUCCAGUCAAUGCCAUCCCAAUUGAACCUGGUUCAUCUCUGAAGACACCCAUCAACAGCAAAGAGGGUAUGCUUCAACAACUCAUUGGAACAAAUGGUAAGAUGCAGGAAAAGUUGACAGUGCAUGAUUUAGCAAUAAAGAACAUUGAAACUCAGUUGGGGCAGCUGUCUAUUGCUUUAAACAACCUUCCCCAGGGAACAUUGCCAGCGGACACAAAUAUUAACCCCAAGGAGCAAAACCUGAAUCAACUGAUGGGAGUAAGUCUCCAGAAUGGGAGAGAUUUAGACAAAGAGCAAGAAGUUCCACAAGCCAGUAAAGAGACUACGCCAGUCACUCCAGUUCCAUUAGAGGUAGAUGAACUAGCAGAACUUACUAAAGUGGCGGUUGAACAGGGUCAGGAUGAAAAGGGUAAGGCUAAGGUGAGUGAACAAGCUGUAGAACAGGUGGUACCUCUUGUGCCACAGAAUACCAACAGAGAGAAGCCAACAAGCAGUGCACAAAGGUUGAAUAUUUCUCUGAUGGAUGCCUUGAAGGAGAUACCAGGCUAUGCAAAGAUGAUGAAGGACCUAAUGUCACAAAAGUUUGAUUUCAGGACCUAUCCAUAUUAUGCCUUUGCAAAGGCAUUAUGUGACUUAGGAGCCAUCAUAAAUUUGAUGCCUCUGGCUAUAUACACCAAACUAGGCAUUGGCAGAGCUAGACCGACUUCGAUGUUGUUGCAACUGGCUGACCACACGGUUAAAAGGCCAACUGGGAUUCUUGAUGAUGUGUUGGUACACGUGGGGAAGUUUGUGUUCCCUGCAGACUUUGUUAUUCUUGAUUGUCAGGUAGAUGAGGAGAUACCUAUCAUUUUAGGGAGGCCAUUCUUAGCCACUGGGAGAGCACUGAUCGAUUGUGAAACUAGGGAAUUAAAAAUGAGGCUGAACGAUGAAAAAGUCAUAUUCAAUGUUCAGCAAUCCAUGAGGAGACCCAGUGAAUAUGCUAAUUGCUUCCUAAUGGAGACAGUGGAUGUGAUCCUACACGAAGACGAUGUGACCCUAACUGCUAAAGAUACACUGGAGGCCUACAUGACAAAUUUAGAGGAUAUGGAUGGUGAAGGGUUGGCUGAGUGGGUCAUGGCACUUGAAGGCCAAGGAUUCUAG